UUGUCUCCAUUUUCAAAUCUUGAUUGCAAGACCUAAGCUGGAAAGGACUCCCCCUUUAAUCCGCGUUCUAACCCAAAGCCCUCUCUCUCUCUCCAACUUCUUCUCUCUCAUCUUUAAAAAAACUCUUUUUUCCAACUCUUGCAUUAGCUGUCCGAUUCAUUUAACUCCAAUUUUGACCUAAAAAAAUUAGAAUUUCUUCAAAGUUCUAUAAUAGGAGCAUCCCCCACCCUCUUCGGCCGCCUUAUAUUACCCCCAAGUUUCAAACCCUAACCUUGGAUCUCUCUCCAUAUGUCGGUUUCCCUCUCUCUAUUUAUACCCUCGAUCCAUUCCACAACAAAUCUUUUAUCGAAACCCUAAUCCUUUGAUAACUCCUGAUCUGGUUUGAAUCGGGAGUUUCCUAAUAGAUAGAUCCGUUAGGGGUUUCAUCGUUAUUUUUACGUUAUUUAUGAUUUGCUUAAGAUCGGGCUCUGUCGUACUUUUGUUAUUUAAUUGGAGAAAUGUCGCUUUUGCCUAAAAGCGAUUCGAUUAAAAUUCGUGAGGUAUGGGAGGAAAAUCUGGACGAGGAGUUCGCUUUGAUUCGCAGUGUCAUUGACGAUUACCCUUAUAUUGCGAUGGACACUGAGUUUCCUGGUAUCGUGCUGCGUCCAGUUGGGAAUUUCAAGAAUAGUAAUGAUUAUCAUUACCAGACUUUGAAAGACAAUGUAGACAUGCUGAAAAUGAUCCAAUUAGGCCUUACUUUUUCAGACGAAGAAGGGAAUUUACCCACUUGCGGGACAGAUAAGUACUUCAUUUGGCAGUUCAAUUUCCACGAGUUUAAUGUCAAUGAGGAUGUUUUUGCAAAUGAUUCAAUUGAGCUGUUGCGCCAAAGUGGAAUUGAUUUCAAGAAAAACAACGAAAAUGGUGUCGAUGCAAGGAGAUUUGGAGAGCUCCUGAUGUCAUCUGGGAUUGUUUUGAAUGAUUGUGUUCAUUGGGUCACUUUCCAUAGUGGUUAUGAUUUUGGGUACCUGCUCAAGUUGUUGACUUGCCAGAACUUGCCCGAAACUCAGACAGGGUUUUUUGAUCUGAUCAAUAUGUACUUCCCUGUUGUUUAUGACAUCAAGCACCUGAUGAAGUUCUGCAAUAGCCUUCAUGGUGGAUUGAACAAGCUCGCUGAACUGUUGGAAGUUGAGAGAGUUGGUGUUUGUCACCAAGCGGGUUCGGAUAGUUUGCUCACAUCUUGUACAUUCAGGAAGUUGAAAGAGAAUUUCUUCAGCGGCUCACUUGAGAAGUAUGCUGGUGUUUUGUAUGGUCUAGGUGUUCAAAAUGGACAGAAUACUAAUUGAAAAAGAAUAUAAAUUUAUAUGAGUUACAGAUGGUCAUUAACCUAUAUGUGAGUGUGUGAUACACCACAUUUCGAUGUAAACUUUUGGAUAGAGUGAUUCUUAAUGAAAAUCCUCUUAUAAUAGUUUAA